GCACACCACCGUUGUGUAUGAGUCUGCUGGGAAACGAAAAAUGUUCGGUUCCAAAUUGCGAUCAUGGAUGGAAAAUCAUAUUGUGCGACCGAGAAAAAAGGGAAACAAAAAUAAAUCCGGAAACAGCGGCAACAACUUCGGUGUCCUGACGACCCAAAAUGGCUACAAGAGCGGCUCUUUUGCAACAGACUCCAACAUUGGUAGCCCUGCUAGACGCAGCGAAGUUUCACCGAUUCAAAGCCAUACAACUAGCCGCCGUGGUUGGCACUCACCGAACCAGGAUAAUGUCCCGAUUUCGCCGAAAUCUGAUCACUAUCCCGUACAACACCGCAUUCACAACACACAAGCGCCUGAUGGAGGCGCCCAGUACUGGACGAACGCGUACGGCACCGUGAACGGCCAAUCUGGAGCAGCAUCAUUUCACCAUCAACAUCAACAGCAUCAGCAGCAAUUCAAUCCCAGCGUAUCAUCGCCAAAAAGCAUCUCUCGCAACGGCUCAUCUUACACGCUUGAGCCGGGACCGACGAACGUCUACUACUCGAAAAGCGUAGACUCGUACGCGGCAGACAGUGCGCUUCCCUACACAAUGCCCGAGUUUGACUUCCACGCCGGAAAUACCGGCCCAUCAAGAGGCAUCAUGACCGGUAACGGAUCCGUUUCUACCGGACAUAAUGGUCACCUGAUGUCACACACGGCUACCGGUACGCGCGGCACCUACUCGACGGCCACCAGUUCCAGCAACGAACUGCUCGAAGAACUGCACUCAUUCGAAGGUGCUCGAAUCAAGCGUCUACAUCCGGCCGCGACACGCAUUAGCUCGUCCUCCUCUUCCUCCGUCAACUCGACGCACUACAGCGUGAACAACAACCACCACAACAACAAUAAUAACCAUCUAGCCAGUGGUACACUACCCUCGCAGUAUGCCAGUUCCAAUGGACACCAUCAACAAGCACUAUCAACAAGAAGCUCCACCCAAACGGCCACGUCUGCCGGGUGCAGUGAAAAUAAGUAUGGAAAACUUAUGCAGCAACAAAAUCAACCCUCAAAACAGUACGGUCCUAACUACGAGCAGCAGCAACAACAGCAGCAACAGCAGCCGUACAAUGGCAACAAUAACAACUUACUGUACUCCUCCAAUAGUAAGGCUACAAAUUCCACUAAUGGUGAUGGUGCCGGUAGCAGAAAUGCGUCCCCACUCCCUGCCCGAGGUUCGUCCGCCUGCACGUCACCUGUUCUGCGUUCAGCUGCACCGAGCGUCAAAAGUAAUCGUGUUAUCAAUGGCAAUAAUAAUAACAAUAACAAUAGCAUCCACCUCGACGCUUCGGCAUCCGGAGCUGGUAAAACAAUCGGCAGCGGAAGCUCAUUGACGGCCAGCUUUACCAGCAAAUUUCACAAACUAACGGGAAACCGUUCGUCCACGGGUUCGAACGCACCCGACGGUCCCAACGCGAACGCUAGCAACAGUAAAUUGAAUCAUGUUAAUAACAACAAUAGCACCACAGCGCCCAAUGGAACCGGCAGCUCAGCCAACAUGCCUUCCUACCAUCAUCAUCAGCACCAUCCCCAGCACCAGUAUCAGAUCAAUAACGUCACGACACAUCUGCAUCCACCGGCGCAACCACUUCCGUCGGGCAAGCAGCCACUGUCGUCAUCGUCAUCGUCAUCCUCGCCACCGCCAGGUUCGCAGGCUGGCGCAUCCGGCACUACACCUUCGCCGAGCGUACACCAUCUGCAUCAUCCAUCAACGCACGGUCACCAUCAUCACCAUCCGCAUGGACCGAUGGGUCAUACGCUUUCAUCGCCGGAAAGUGCUUACUCGACCGGAUACUCCACCGACGGCACGUCACCGGGUGGUUGUUCCUACACGCCAGAAUACUACAUCAAUAUCCGCACCGGGACACACUACUUCCCGAAGGGUACGACACUACCCGGUGCGUUGCAUGGAAGGACAACAGCAGCAUUUGAUCGUACAGGAUGCACGAUCCCUCCCGGUGGUGCAUCAGCAACCGCAGCCAGCCAUCACGAAAACGGUUCCAAAUUCAAGUGUGCCCUUAAUCGCAUCGAGGAAAAGCAUGUGGAGUUUUGUGUCGACACGGAAACGCACGUUGCUGGACCACGAGCAUGUGCUCCGGCAGCCCCAGCAGCCGCACCCAAUCUGUCGAGCUUUAAGCCCACAUCCGGUGCAUCUGGUGGCGCUGGCGGAAGUGGGUCGAGCGUUUUAUCUCAACUUCAGCAACCGUCAGCGGCAGCACAACCGCAACCAAACCAGCCACCGAAUGCAGUUGCGAUGAGUCCUAUUAUGCAGAAGAACCUCGGCAUGCAGCAUUACCGUAGUAUUGAAUCUCCAUCUCCUCGCCAACGGUGUAGAAUUCGUACGAACCCUUGGUUGACGACAGCCGAUGGAGCUCUUGCCAGUGCCAAUUGCAUUAAGCGAACGGAACAAGAUUCGGGAUCUACCUCGUCCGGCAUCAAAUCGAGCAGCGGAACUGACGACAAUAAAAAUGAUAACAACAAACCAAACGCCCUUUCGGACACAGAUUCCAGCUCGUCCACAGAGAAGAUCGUCAACAAAAAGCCAUUCACACCGAGAAGUCUUAAGAAAAUGGGCGACAUCUCACGAUUGGACAGCAAGUCUGGUCCGAUAACGAUCGGUUCCAAUCAGGAUAGCGAUGAAGAUGCUACCCUCAACGAGAUGAUGGGCAAGUUUGACGAAAGUUACCACUACGAGAAGGAGACUGACAUUUUGAGUUGCAGCGAUUCGGAUCCUACGGAUUGCCCAACAGAUAUCGAUACUGGUCAAGAUGCAGGUGACGAGUGCGAUACCGACGAUCUGCUCGAUUUGGACUUUAUCGAUACGGGCUCUGUGCAGGAGGUACCAGACAAAGAAAUCUAUCGACACACAGCCAGCUGCUCGAUUCAUCAAUUCCCAGAAAGGAAAGGCUCCUGUAAGCAGCCACGAACACAGCGAAGUAAACGUACCAAUGAAAAUGGCGGUGGCUCCAAACGUCGGAAGAAGUUGGUCCGUACGAGAAAGAAAACGACAGAUCCUGCAGCACUUGGGGCGGGCUCGGGUGUGGGAGAUGCAUCCGCCGUAGUGAGCCGUGGUUGCCGAAGCUUAGGAGGGACUCCCGUCUCGUUGAGACGAAACCAAACGGAUCAAGAAAUGCGUACACCCACCAGAGGUUCACCGCUGACCAAUCGCUGCAACUCGCUUACCUUCACCGAGGUCCAUUCGCUGCACAGUCGAAUAUUGGCGAUUUCCGAGAGCGAAAAGGCGCUGCUGCGAGCUGACCUGGAGGCGGACGUUAAGUACAAACAGUUGAUUCACGAAGCGGAAUCGAUUCUGUUUUCCAUGAAGAGCAAUAGUUCUAUUUGCAUCAAGGAUCUAGCCACCGUGCCGCCACCGUUGCCUCCUCGCGAGCCACAACAACAGCCUCCACCUGUGCCGUCGCUCGUGAAAGAAACACCAACCACUUCUUCUACCAUUUCUAGCCCACGGCGUGUUUGUAACCCACCGGCGAACAAGCGGGUUGAAAUGUUGCGCAACUGUGAGGCUGAUUUGCGACGAGAGUUGGCAAAAACUUGUUCGCAAAAGUGUGUCGAUGGAGCGGUCAACACGGCUGAGCUAAAUCCCGCCGAAGGUGUUAUCGUAAACAAACGGUUGGAGGUCCUACGUUACGAAACGUCCUGUUCCCUAUCGGCGCCGAACAGUCCCAAAAACACUCGUGUCCUCUUGCCUCGCAAAACACACGUUUCCAACUUUAUCCAUCAUCAAGCUCGACCGCCAUGCUCAUCGGACAGCGGUGGAGCGAACGAUCUUAAGCAAAGUGCCAAUCAAUCGCCACCUCCUCCGCCGCCCCGGCGAUUGGUGUCAAAGUCACCGACCAUCAUGCGAAGACGUUUCCGCAGCCAAAGUCCUCAUCUUAACAUCGAGUCAGACUCUGAUUCUGAUGAAGUGAGUCGCAAUCUGGAUAGCAAAACUAAUGGCAAGAGUCACCGUGCGAACCAUAACUACAAUAAGGAAAAUCUUACAAACCAUCCACAACCGAUUUCCGUCUCACAGCCAACGCACAAAGACGUCACUGGCAAGCAGAUGAACAACUUUCGCCAUACAAUUCAUGGUCCAGCCGUGACGAACGGUGAGGAUGGUUACGACUACACGGAUGAAGCAGCCACUACUAAUGGCAACUACGCUACAGGAAUGCACAAGUCGCCGCUUAUAUCGUUCCGAUCGGUAGACAUUGGUUCCCCGGUCACUGAUGAUAGCUAUUGUCCACAGAGCGAACCUCUCAAGCGAAAAAUUUACACCUGUAGUGCAGCGUUUGAGAAAAUACAGCGCAGCCUUCACCAUGAUCCAGAUGCAAAACAACAGCUCAUCAUCGAUGCACUAGCGGAAAUAAAACGCAGCCUAGAAGAUCAAAGCGUGGAGCUGCACGAGCUUAACAACACGGAAAAUUAA